GCGAUAUGGUGUUAAUAACUUUAAUUUUACUAGUAACCGCUGUCACAGGUAGUGAUGCAGCACUACGAUUUUCAGCUUCUUAUGGAGACCAUGUGGUGCUACAGAGAGGUCCUCACAAAGCUGUUGUCUGGGGUUAUGCGGACAAAAACAACGAAAACGUCACAAUUCAAAUCGUAGGCCAUGGAUCUCCAGUGCAAACAACAACAGCUAAUGGAAUGUGGAAAGCUAAACUACCUGCUAUGACAAGUCCAGGUCCUUUUGUUAUCACAGCUACAUCUUCAGAAGGUAGUGUUAGUCUCCACGAUGUUCUCUUUGGAGAUGUAUGGGUUUGUUCUGGACAGAGUAAUAUGGUAUUCGCCAUGAACUCGGUGAAUAACAGUGCCUAUGAAUUGAAGAAAGCCUUGACCUUUGAUAAAAUCAGAUUAUUUCACGUCAAAGAUGUAGAAUCACCGACACCACUGGCAGACAUAAAGACGGUUCAAACACCAUGGACAGCUCCAACAGCAGAAUCCGUUCCGGCUUUCUCGGCGUUGUGUCUUCUAUAUGGAGAAUACCUAUACAACCAUCGUAAAUAUCCCAUCGGUCUGAUUGAAUCAGCAUGGGGGGGUACUCCUAUAGAAGCUUGGUCUGGACCAGAUGCUAUUAAAGCUUGUACUGGACAUGCCAGGAAACGCAAUCAUCGCGAUACAUCUGUUUUAUGGAAUGCUAUGAUUAACCCUUUGCUGGCUACAACCAUAUAUGGUGCUAUUUGGUUUCAAGGUGAAGCAAAUGCCCGCCAUUCUGCAAAAUAUGCAUGUCAGCAACCGGCUAUGGUUAAGGAAUGGAGAAAAAACUUCCACCAUGCCUCAAUGGGUGAGACAAGUCUAAAUUUUCCAUUCGGAUUCGUACAGCUGGCUGCUAACAGUGCAAAUCACACCAAAAUCGGUGGUUUUCCAGGAUUGAGAUGGGCACAGACAGCUAACAUGGGCUACGUUCCCAACACCAAGAUACCUCAUUCUUUCAUGUCUGUGGCAAUGGAUCUUCCUGAUUUUCAUUCACCCCGUGGAUCCAUCCAUUCCCGAUUUAAACAGGAUGUAGCUGAAAGAUUGGGGCUAGCCUCUUUAGCUGUAGCUUAUGGUGAAAAGGGUCUGAGUUAUCAAGGACCAUAUCCUACAUCAUUUAAUACUAAAACUAAAGGUCAUCUGGUUAUUGAGUACGAUCAUGGACAUACUGUUUUAGACAUAAGAACAACAGCUGGUUUUGAGAUCUGUUGUUCUGCUACCAGUCAAACUACGUGUGGAACAAAUGAUGCUUGGGUUGCUGCACCCGUUUUAACACAUCAUGGUGCAACUGUUACCUUGAACGUCUCGGGUUGUCAAGACAAGCACUGGGUAGGAUUGAGAUACUCGUGGAGAGAGAGUCCUUGUGAAUUUAAGAAAUGUUGUGUAUAUGGACGAGAUAAUGAUCUGCCAGCCCCAUCAUUUAUUAGAAAUACAGCAUUUUAA